UACAGAAGGGUACCCACCUAAUGACAUGAACAAGUUGGGCUGAAUGGCCUGUUUUCAUGCUGCACGAUUCAGCGAUUGUUUGUUUCACGAGCUGUACAUCCUUUAAGGUGUAACUCCUCAGAUGUAAUCAUUGUUAAUCUAGGAAAUGCAGUGAUCGAUUUUAGCAUAGAAAGAUUCCACAAAUAGCAUUGCAACAAUGUCCAGCUGAUGGCUGAGAAACGUGACUGCACAAUUAUUUAUAUAUCGAAGAUAGGCACAAAAUGCUGGAAUAACUCAGUGGGAUAGGCAACAUCUCUGGAGAGAGAGAAUGGGUGACCAUUAUUUAUUAUUUAUAAAUGUAAAUUAUUUAUCAAUGCGUGUGUCUGAAGAUCUUUUUUUAUUUCUGGAGUGAAGUUCAGAAAUUUGGGUCACACCAGAGAUUCGGUUUGGCAACUUCUGGACUGAACUAACCACGCUACCUGAAUGCAAGGCGCUGGAUUAGGCUAAACCAGAUUAGUCUCUAUUAUGUUUUAACCUUCUCCCACUCUUUCUUUCCGAUAAUAUAGUGCCAAUGGAAACUGUAUCCACUCUUGUUACCUCUGCCACCUCUGAGCCAAACAUGGAUAUGGGAAAUCGUGGAGGUUGGGACACAGUCAGUCAUCCACAAACAUCCACUCCAUCAACCUUGUGGACAAAGCCAACACAAUUCACAGAUUCUAAUGUUGGAUAUGAAAAUGUUUCUGCCGCUGCUCUCCCAGCAGCAUCCACUGUAUCCAGCUAUAGCCCGAAAGGAAACUGCAGUUCAUGCAAAGAUCGGAGCUCCAUUCACCCUGAUGUUGAAGGAACCCAAGACACAACCUUCAAUCCUCGUUACCCAAUUAUCUCUCCACUAUUUGUUAUCCUCCACACAGACUGGGACACAGCACUGGCUGAAUGGGGCCUAGCUUGGGACCUCCAUGUCUAUGGACUGGGGUUAGCUUUUGGCUUUGCAGGAAUCAUGUCUGCACUCGGUAUCCUCCUCCUCCCCUUCAGAUCUCCCUCGGGCUUCGGCUACUUCAUGGUUCUCAAUGGUCUGCUUUUCCUGACGAGCUCAACCCGAACUUUCACUUUCCUUUAUGAUGCCUACUGUUACCAGGACAAACUACCUGCAACCGUUGCUUUACUGCUCCAUGACUUGGUCUUUCCUUGUCUUACUUCUGCCUUUGGACUCAUAAUCUUAGUUCUCUCUCUGAGACCCGGCAUGGAAGUUGUGGCAUCGAGUUUCCAGCGAUUCUGCCUGCUAAUCGCUCUAGUCCUUCUCCACUUCACGCUCAGCGUGAGCAUACUUCUGGUCACCUUGCUAAAGCAAGCUCCCUUCCUCCUCUUUGUAUCACAUGGGAUUUUUGUGGUAUUGGUGACCAUCUUAUCCAUCCUGGUUUUUGCAGUAUACUGUCACACCCAAAUGGUCGACAUGCAUGUCUACAAUGUGAAGUCCUCCACACCUUCCAUGGAAGCCUUCAACACCCAACCCUUUGGAGACAUUGGACAUUGGGGAAGGAUGGCCAGGUUAGCAAUGUGGACUGCAGUGUUUGGCUUGUGCUGUGCUGCAUUUCAGUUAUAUGCGAUUCUGUAUGGCCUAGGUCUGGCUGGAGAUCAUGUUUUCCAGCCAUGGCCUUGGUGGAUUUUCCAGUUUGGCACCAGUUUGUGUGAAGUGGGGAUGUCCCUCACCAUGUCUCUUAUUGGUAUCUACCCUUUGUUUUGCAUCCAUAAGUCCGACCACAACUGUUGCAACAAAACGUUCUGCCUCUCUCCAACUCAUGCUUCCAUGAAAGCCCCUAUACUCGCUAACACCUAUCAGUGGUCAACCUCACACCAGGCGAAGCCACUGGGCUGUGACACGAUUGUUCGAAGCCAAUCUGAAUGUCUGCCACUCUACACAAUGUCUGACAACCAGCUUAGCAGUGGUGAAGAGAUCAACCUGAUCUAUCACAGCAAUGAGGUAAAAGAUCUGGACUGCCAUUUAAGGCAUGGCGGGUCCUCUAGGACCUCCUCCUUCAUCAGUGUUCAGGUAGACAGUGAUUCCACUGCUGACCUGAGACCCCCGUCUCCCAUUAACCUGAGGCGCAGCAUAGACGAGGCUCUCUUCAGCGAGGCCCUCAUUCCCGAAGGUCUCUUCCAUUGGUCAAGGCUACACAGCUCCAGCAACAUGUCCCUCUGUGAGAACAGGUCCCUGCCAACCAGCAGCGAAGUCUUCAAGGAGAAGGCAGAGGAUAGAGGGCUGUAUCGGACAUCAUCUUGCGCUGGGAUGGAGAGACCGGAGGUGGGCAGGGGAAUUGCCAGCACCUUUAGGAAGCUCAAUGUGAUUCGAGCCUUGUCUGUCGAUAGGUGGGAGGACAGCAAUGCUAGUUCAAUCUGCAGAACACCCCAGGGAGGAUCCUCGCUGGCACUUUGCUCCAACCCAGACAGGCGGAGUGUCUUAACCACCAGCCCUGAGCAGAAAUAUUUCAGGGACUCCUCCCAAAUAAGUCUUCUCCAGGUUCCGAGCCAGUUUCAGGCUCCGCCCACACAAGAGGACAUGGACAAUAAUGACCUCCCGGAUUCAGUAACUCAAGCUGAAUUCAUGAAGAUCUGCAGGCAAAUUGACCAGCUCAGUAUUAGCAGUGACACGAUCGAAUUGUGAGUUUGGCAUUGGGACAGUUGCCAGCCAAUGCUUUUGCCAGCCUGCCUCAUAUUUCAUAUUUGAAGAUGCUUAUAAGGAUCUGUGCUCCAUAAAUGAAGACUUGCAAUGCCUCCAAACAAAAGAUCAGAGAUGGCUGGGCCGAGAACACAAAGGCCAAUUGCGGUCUUGAGUUGUAGGAAAAGAUGGGAACUGGACUGUGUUUUGUACUCUCCAUUACUCUGAAUGGGAGAGAAUUCCAGGCAUAAAGUAUAAUGCGAGUCAAGGUUUAGUUCGCACUACAUACUUCCAAGAUACUGAUACUACUAUUAAACUUCUGCAGCUGUGAAUAUGUAUAUAUGGUGAAAGACUGUGCUUGUGAUGUGUUGAGAAACUGGGCUUCUAAGAAAGCCAAAGAGAAAUUUCAUGGUUUAGAAUUGAGAUGUGUCAACUAUUUCUGAGGUUGUUCAUCUGAGUGACUCACGCACACAGUGCCAACACCCAGAGAAAUUGCUGCCAGUGCUCAGUUAAACUGCUGUCAAUUUGGGCAAACAGACUGAAUCUGGUUUUGGUUAGGGAACUAAGAAAGUGAGGCCUGAAUGAUUGGUAGACGGCAUUGGCGUAUUUAUGUCAAAACAGGACAGAGGUGUGCCACUGGACCUGCCUCUGUUCCCAUUAAAUAUCUUGCUAAUUCCCUAUGGAAUAGCUGCAUUAUGCAGCACUGGACAGGAUUGUAGACAGAAUAUCAGAAUAGAGCCAGGUUAAUACAUUAACCUAAACUCUUAAUUUUUCUGAAGGAGGUUCUUGAUGAAGGAGGGACUAAACUUGUAACCACUGUUUAAGAAGGAACUGCAGAUGCUGGAAAAUCGAAGAUAGACAAAAGUGCUGGAGAAACUUAGCGGGUGCAGCAGCAUCUAUGGAGCGAAGGAAAUAGGCAAUGUUUUGGGCCGAAACCCUUCGGCCUGAAACGUUGCCUAUUUCCUUCGCUCCAUAGAUGCUGCUGCAUCCGCUGAGUUUCUCCAGCACUUUUGGCUACCUUUGUAACAAUUGUUUAUUGGCUUGAACAGAAGUGGCAUCUUCUCCGCGACGUUUCCUCUAUGGAAACUUGGAGGCUGUUGAUAACAAGUGGCAGUGAACGUUGUUCAACAACAACAAGGGAGAUUAGGUUGCGUGUCCCAAUUGCAGCGGCCUUUUAGUCUCUGAUAUUGGUCCUAGUGAGCUGUGAAAAGCAACAACAAUAAAUCCUCACACGCUUCCCUAUUAAAUCAGGUUGCUUUGCCCAGUAUCCAAGGAACAGCCGAGAUGGAGUAAUCUUCAAUAGUGAUAGAAUCAUAGAGUCAUAUGCCAUGGAAACAGGCCGUAUGGCCCAACUUGCCCACACCGGCCAACAUGUCCCAGCUAACAGGUACUAGUCCCACUUUCCUGCAAUUGGCCAUAUCCCUCCUAACCUGUCCUAUCCAUGUACCUAUCUAACUAUUUCUUAUAC